AAGGGAUCCUUGUGGAACUUUCCAAAAGCUCAAUGAUAUGUACAAACAACACAUCUGUUAAAGAAAGUGUUGUUUUGCAACCCCCACCUGAGGCUAUCAUUGGCUCUGCAAGAGCUGAAAUGUUUAUAAUUGGUGAUAUCAUGGGGAGUGCAAUGCAAAAUCUUGAUCAGCUCCUUAACAUGCCAUCUGGAUGUGGAGAACAAAACAUGUUGGGCUUAUCUGUUGACAUCAGUGUCAUGAACUACCUGAAAAAAACAAAUCGACUAACUAGUGCAAUAAAAACAGAAGGAACUUCAUUUUUGCAAAGUGGUUACCAGACUGAACUAAUAUAUAAGCGCAGUGACUGUUCAUUUAGUGCUUUUGGAAAUAGUGAUGCAGAAGGAAGUCUCUGGCUUACAGCCUUUGUAACAAGUGAGUUUGGAAAAGCUCAGGAUUUCAUUUUCAUUGACACCAAUGUCAUUGUUUGUGCCAUACAGUGGUUGUCGCAGCAUCAGUUAAAAUCUGGUUGUUUUAAAAAUUCUGGAAAGCUGUUCCACACAUCUAUGAAGGGUGGUGUGAAUGAUGACAUCUCUCUUUCUGCAUAUGUCUGCUACUCUCUUCAGGAGCUUCCAAACCAAACACCCACAACUAUAUCCAUAGUCAAUGAUUCCCUGAACUGUCUGAGGAAUGCACUUUCAAAUGUCACUAACCCUUAUACAAUGGCACUGCUGGCAAAUGUGUUCCGAAAUCCUGAAGAUGCCACUCAUAAAAACAUGUUGUUGGACAAGCUGGAUAAAUUGGCAAUUAAAGAAGCUGGCAUGACUCACUGGAAAGUACCAAAUAGCGUUGGGCCUGUUUUCAUUCCUCAGUGGUACCAAUCUCCAUCAGCAGAGGUUGAACUAGCUGGCUAUGUUAUGCUAGCAUACUUGUCCAAACCUGUUUUAUCAACAACUGAUAUUGGCUAUGUUUCUUCAAUAGCACAAUGGAUGGUAAAGCAACAAGGACCAUAUGGAGGAUUUGAAAAUACCCAAGACACAGUAAUUGGCUUUGCUGCUCUUGCAGAAUAUUCUGCACAGAUUCUUCAAGGCAAACCUCAAGCAACUGUGAAAAUUUAUAAAGGCAGUCUAGUUAUAACAACUCUGCAAGUCAGUGAUGCCAACAAAUUUGUACUACAACAAACAUCUGUGAAAGACAUUCCUGGCAACUACACAAUUCAGGUCACAGGCAAAGGCUGCAUUUUUGUCCGGACAAAUUUGAGGUACAACAUCCUUCCUCCAAAGAAAGAGAGCACCUUCUCCAUUGAUGUAGCAAUAGAUUCCGUACAGUGUAAGCCUUUGUCCCAAUUCAGAAUUAACACCACUGUAAGUUAUACAGGUAACCGUAAUGCAACCAACAUGGUUCUUGUGGAGGCAAAAAUGCUAUCAGGAUUCAGCCCUGCUGGGGAUUAUGUCAACGAACUGUUAGUACAGCCCUUGGUGAAGAGAGUGGAGUAUGACAACCAAGUUCUGAAAAUAUACCUGGAUGGGCUAUCUCAAGGAGUGACUCACACUUAUUCGUUUCCUGUGAGCCAAGAUUUUGUUGUGGGCAAACAGCAACCAGCAUUUGUCAAAAUAUAUGACUACUACAAGCAAGAUGAGAAUGCAGUCACAAAAUACAGCUCACCAUGUGUCUAAGAUCCUGCUUGAGGUAUUUAUGUGGAAGAUGACAAUGUUGUUUUAAUAUGUCCAACAGUCAAGUACUUCUCUUCUUCUCUUAAAUCGUCUUUUGGGGAAAAACUGCAUUUUUACAUUCUAAAGCUGACAUUUUUACAUAGUAAAUAAGUGGUGCGAGUUUAUUUUAAAAAUAUUUUAAUUUUUCAUUACAAAAUGUAAACUUUCAGACAUGUACAACAUAUUUUACCAUCCUUUUGUAACAUACCUAGCAUAUGCCAUACAUAUCUAUUUUAUGCCUGUUUUACAAAUGUUGUUGCUUGUAACAAAUAACUACGAAAAUGAGACAGCUCAGGUCUUUGGUUAUUUUGGCAUGAUAACGUUGAACCAGUACUUGAAUUAGUGAGGAUUCAAGUCUUAUCUUUUGUCCUUUUAGAUGAAAAAUACAUUCUUUUGAAAAGUUUUAACUGUUCUAUUUUCCAGUUACUGCAGUCAGUUUCAAGAUAUUAGAGAUUUUGAUUUAUUUACUCAGUUAUACUUGAUGCUGAUGGAAAUGUAAACAUUUUUAAUGAUUUUCAAAAGAACAUAUGGCAGCAGCAGCAAAAGACACAAACCAGCACAACAUGUCAAAAUAAUUUUAAAGAAUAUGUGUAUAUAGAACUCUGUUAAACAAAACACUUCUUGAAACAGAUAAGAAACCUUUUCAGUGCAGAGGUAAAUAUUCUUAAUUAUAUUUAAAUUUUUACUUAAACUUCCUCUUACUAAUGAAAUAAUAAUGUCGCUGUUCGUCUGAACAAAUGUGGCUUAAAGGAUAAAACAUCUGACUUUGGAAAAGAAAAUUGUAAAUUCAAGUCAUAUCAUGACUGUUCAAAAGCAAAGAAAAGGAUUUAGAAGAUUAACUGUAAAAUUUGGCAUCUAGUGGUGAUGCAGGAGACUAGCACAGUAUGUGCAAGUGCAGGGUUUGAAUCUUUUUAUGCCAGUUGGCACAUACCAUUAAGGCUAUGAGCUAGUAACACAAAGGUACACCAUUUGAUUUUUAUAUCCUUCAUUUGCCAACUGUCUGACCUUGAGCAAGUCAUGUAAUUACUCGGUGCUUUAGGGCAAUUGGAAAUUUUGGAUAAGGCUCCUUUAUGGUCUCCUGGACUGCAUGACUAAUAGGUAAUUAUGAACACAUGCAAUGGGUUGCAAAAAUGUUUUCUUAUUUUUUGCUUUUGUUGUGGUUUAAAACUGCACUUAAGAUUAAUGCUUAUGUUUUCUGGUCACAGCAAUAGCAUGGUCUGAUAAUAAAACAGACCACUGCAAAAAGAAGCAUAGAAAUAAGAAUAAAAACUUGAUUUUACAAACAGAUAUUAUUGACGCUUUUGUUUCUAUAUGACAUUAAAGUAAAUAAUGUUUUUGAGCAUUAAUCAUUGUAACCAAUACAGUUUUAUCUAUCUUCAUGGUUAAAAUGUGAAUUGUGGCUUAACUGGUUUGUCUAAAUUAAUAACAUAAAUGCACAGCCACUACAGUGUUUGUAAAUAAAUAAAUAAUGUUUAAAUACAA